UAUAAUGGUACCUAAUAUAAUGUGUGUGCGUUCGACACACAGUUCACUAGUUGAGCGGCCGGUCGAUCGGCGGUGCUAUGUUCGUUUUAAUUUUACCAUUUUUCCGCGUAUUCUUUUAAUUGUACGGUAUAAUCUGUAGUGGUCGUUAGAUGGAAAACUAUCGAGAUCGUAACGAAGAACACAAAAACGGACGGAAAAAAUAGUUUGAGAAAUUACUUGAUUUCGAUUUGUUUUUGUUUGUUUUUUUUUUUUUUUUUUUUUUUUAUUCCAUUUCGCACCGUUCGUAAAAAUUAUUUAUUUCAGUAAUUAUAAUAGAAAAUUAUUACGGUGAUACAUAACGCUGCCAUCGAGCGUUUAGACGACGAAUCGUUUUGCAAUGUAUCUAUUCUUUUCACGCGUGAACGUGUAGUGAUAUAGGCACACCUCGGUCGCCGUAUUUCAAAACAGUACACACAACGGUAGUGUGGAUACUUAAAACAAUUUUUUAAAAGUAUCUAUUUAUUUCAUUUUGUUACUUUUUGGCUUCCGUGAUCCGAUUAGACCUCGUCUAACACGCGUAGGAGCCAUGGGAGAUGUAAAAUACCAAUCCGAAGACAAUAACAACGUGCCAGUCGUCAAAAAAGGACAAUUGUUCCCAAAAAAAGCCGAAGUUGAUUUGUCGUUUGAAAAUCUCACUUAUACUGUUUCAACGUUCAGCCACUAUAAGUUGGUAAAAAAGGAGAUUUUGCAUGGAAUUCAUGGUAGUUUCCGAUCUGGCCAAUUAACUGCCAUCAUGGGACCGUCAGGAAGUGGCAAAAGUACAUUACUCAAUGUUCUCGCCGGAUACUCGACAAGUGGAAGUUCGGGGUCUGUGUACCUGAACGACGCAUUACGGGAUGAAAAACAAAUGGCGAACAUCAGUUGCUAUAUACAGCAGGACGAUUUCGUACGCGAACUACUAACCGUUAGAGAGUCGAUGACGGUGGCUGCCCAUCUCAAGUUACCUACUACCAUGUCAACUCUAUCUAAAGUCAGUCUAGUGGAUGGUAUUCUAGAAUCAUUAGGAUUAGCCAUUCACGAAAAUACGAUUGUCACACGGCUUUCCGGAGGCCAGAAAAAGAGACUGUCUAUUGCGUUGGAACUUAUAACCAAUCCUUCAAUAUUAUUCCUAGAUGAACCUACUACUGGUUUAGAUAGCCUAUCGUGUAGCCAGUUAGUGUCAAUGAUGGUCGAUCUAGCACACAAUCAAAAUCGUACUAUAGUAUGUACGCUACAUCAGCCCACCGCUUUACUCUUCGAAAAAUUCGAUCAAGUAUACGUAGUGACUUCGGGUCAGUGUUUAUACCAAGGUCCUCCUCACUUAAUUAUUCCUUAUUUUGCUGAGCGGACGAUAGUAUGUCCACCGUAUCACAAUCCAGCAGAUUUCUUAAUUGAAGUGGCUAUUGGCGAGUAUGGUACUACUGGUCUGAAGAAACUGAUUGAUUCAGCUCCGAAAUACAUAUAUACUAAUGACCAACAUCAUUGUCAUAAAAUUUCUGACACGUACCAGAAAAACAAUUCAACGGACGAAAAAUCAUCAAUUAAUAUUAAACAAGUUAAUAGGCCUCCAUCUUAUUUACAGAUCUAUCAUUUAUAUUUACGAAAUAUAAUUAUGUAUAAACGAAACAAAUUGAAUCUUCAGUUGCGGAUCAUCGCCCAUUUAUUAAUUGGUUUAAUUUUCGGAUACCUAUACCGCGACGUGGGCGACGAUGCGUCGACGAUACUCAGCAAUAUGGUGUUCAUCUAUGGUACCAAUUUAUUUUUGGUAUACACCGGUCAGAUGGCUGUCAUCGUAUCUUUUCCGUUGGAGUACAAAGUCUUGAAACGAGAACAUUUCAACGGUUGGUUCACUCUUUUUCCGUACAUGAUAUCGAUACUACUGGUCGAAAUACCGUUUCAGAUUUUAUGUUGUCUAGUUUACAUUAUACCGUCGUAUGUGUUGACCGGUCAACCGAUGGAGUUGAUGCGAUUUAGUUACUUCACCAUAUUUCUAGUGGUUACUUCUCUAACAUCGCAGAGUACUGGAUUCCUGUGCGGAGCUGGUUUACCAGUAAAGAUUUCUGUUUUUAUUGGACCAGUGUUUGUCGUGCUUUUAUCUGUUUUCGGGUUCGCAAUACGGCUGAGAGACACACCUACUAUUUACAUAUGGGUCCAUUACUUUAGUUUUGUCAGAAGUUCUUAUCAAAGUCUUGUAUACUCACUAUACGGUUUCGAUAGAAAUGUUUUACCGUGUAAAGACGAAAUGUAUUGCCACUACAAAAAUCCAACGAAGUUUCUUUCUGAAAUGGAAUUCGAUCAAGUUCACAUGAAUUUCGAAUUCCUCUACAUAUGCUCUGUUUUCCUAUGCACUUAUGUCCUGACUACCACGGUAAUAUGGUACCGGUUGAAUAAACGAUAGCUCUGACAAACUGAAUGAAAUCAAGGUUCUGGCCGUGGUAAAAAGAUCUUAUUAAUACGUGUAUAAAUUUUUAAUGAUUUUAUA